AUGCUAUUGCUCAAAGAAUUUCUUCUCUCCUUAGUUGUGCUACUUUUAGUGAUAAGAGAUGUUGUUGCAGGUAGAAGAGGCUACGAUGGCAACGAAUCAUACACUCGAUUAGGGAGGAUUCCACUCUUUAGCGACGGUCAACCGUGGGGCUUACGCCGACAACCGCCAUCAAAGUCAGGGCUUCGUCCACGUGUGCCCCUAGAUAAAGUUCGAAGUACCUCUCUAACGCGAGCAGUCUCUGCUGGAUCAACUGUUGGUUCGACUGCAAAGAGCACAGGUUCUUUGAGUCGUGAAGUGAGCAGUCCAAUCAUUCCUCAAGAUGUCUGGGACAAUCUAACAGGAGAAGAGUUCAAAGACCCGGAAGCCGUAGACCGGUUUUCUGACCAGGCUUUCAAACUAGCUGCUUCAGAAGACAAAAACGAAUGGAUAGAAUGGACAGAGCACAAAGGAACAACAAAACUCCUAGCCGAACGAGACAUGAUGACCGCGCUCGACGAUGGCGAGGUUAUGGUUUAUGUUGGCACAGCAAAGAAAGUAGGAUACGGUAGUGAGCUGCCAAUUGUGAAGACGAAAUCGAUCCUUCCAAUGUCAGCCCAAGAGAUGGCCGAGUUGUUAAUGGAUUCCAGUCGAGUCAAGGUGUACAACAAGAUGAGUGUGGGAAGGAAGGAUGUGUUUCAAUGGGGAGAAAAUACAAAAGUUGUUCGAAACUUGACUAAACCUCCCAUGACAAAGUCGAACAUGGUCACUGUAACAAUGAUGCAUUCAAGACCGCUGAAGGAGAAAGACUUUCCUCUUAUUAAGGGGCCUCACAAGGAGGGCUUCUUGGUAGUCAGUAGGGCCGUGCCGGGAAUUCCUGACCCAGAAAUUGCUGACUUGCCUCGCAAUGACAUUUUGCUUGGGGUGAACUUGCUCCAAGAUCUCGGUCCAAAUGAAUGUCUCAUGACGGCUUUUACCCACGUCUAUUCGCCAUCAAUCCCAAAGCUUUUGGCUGCAAAAGUUGGCGUUACAAGUGCUAUCAACUUUGUCAAGGACAUUCGAACACUCUGCGAACCUGUUGCAAACUAA